CCAACGUUGUUGUAAAAAAAAGCAGUACGAAUUUCUGCGAUCUGCUCAUUCUGCCGACUAAUUUCAUCGUUAUAUCUUAAAGUUAAAAGUAUGAUAGAAAAUCUAUAAGCAUGGCUGCAGGACCGAUCGCCGAGAGGAAUCAAGAUGCCACGAUUUACGUUGGUGGUCUUGAUGACAAAGUUUCGGAAACCCUCAUGUGGGAGUUAUUCGUUCAGUCUGGUCCUGUUGUUAAUGUCCAUAUGCCUAAGGACAGAGUUUCUCAAUCUCAUCAAGGCUAUGGAUUCGUUGAAUUUCUGGGAGAAGAUGAUGCUGAUUAUGCCAUCAAAAUCAUGAACAUGAUUAAAUUGUAUGGCAAACCAAUUCGAGUCAACAAGGCCUCAGCUCAUCAGAAAAAUUUGGAUGUUGGUGCCAAUGUCUUCAUCGGAAAUCUUGACCCAGAGGUUGAUGAGAAGCUUCUAUAUGACACUUUUUCAGCAUUUGGUGUCAUUUUACAAACUCCAAAGAUCAUGAGGGACCCAGACACUGGAAAUUCAAAGGGAUUUGCUUUCAUUAACUACGCCAGUUUUGACGCAUCUGAUGCCGCCAUCGAAUCAAUGAACAGCCAGCAUUUAUGUAAUAGACCUGUCUCUGUUUCCUACGCCUUCAAAAAAGACUCGAAAGGUGAACGGCACGGAUCGGCUGCGGAGCGAUUGCUCGCGGCCCAGAAUCCCUUAUCACAAGCAGACAGACCUCAUCAACUGUUCGCCGAUGCCCCUCCUCCUGCCCCACUCCCACAGACAUCUGUACCACCACCUCCACCAAACAUCAUGGGUGUGCCUCCUCCUCCUCCGAUCGGAUUCAAUCCCCCGCCUCCUCCUCCAGUCCCCCCGCCACCAGCGGGCAUGGGUCCUCCUGUCGGAAUACCACCACCGCCUCUGCCUCCUCCAAACAUGCAACAUCCACCAGGGAUGCCUCCUCCUCCUGGCGGUAUGAUGCCUCCUGGCGGUCAACCUCCGUUACCUCCCAUGCCUCCUACUUCUCAAGGAAACAUGAUGGGCCCCCCUCCGAUGAAUGUGCCCCCAGGGCCGCCUGGCCCUCCAGGUCCACCUAUGAUGGGUGGGCCGCCUCCACCUCCGAGAAUGGUUCCCCCUCCUCCAUGGCAGCAAGGCCCCCACGGACCGCCUGGUGGUUAUCCACCAAACAAUAUGGGACCUGGAGGUCCCAGACCACCAUUCCCUCCUGGACAUCCUGGCAACUUUGGACCGCCACCACCUGGAAUGCCAGGACCACCAAGACCUCCACCAGGCUGGAGACCACCCCCUCCCGGUAUGGGUGGUCCUUUCGGAGGACCGUAUGGUCCACCUCACGGGCCUCCAGGGAUGAGAGGUCCGCCCCCACCACCACCCGGGUACAAUGAUUAAAGAACUUCAUUUGAAUUGAAUUUCAAUCACCGGUGAGAGGAUCACGCCUCCUUUUGCCAUCACCCGGGUAUAAUGAAUUGAACUGUGAUUGAACUGAAAUUUCCUGACAUGCUUAGAAAAGCAAGUCAUAUUUUACUUGUCAAUCUGUGUUUGUUAAAACUGAUGUAAUUUUUAAUGACAAAUAAGUGAGAGAGGCUUAAGAUUUCAUCUUCAUUUUUUCUUGUAAUGCGCUUCUCUUUUUUUUUAAUGACAAAUAAGUGAGAGAGGCUUAAGAUUUGAUCUUCAUCAAUUUUUCUUGUAAUGUAGUUAAACUUCAACCAAAUGCCUUGAAUCACUUAAAUGACAAAUAAGCCAAGCAUUUUCUUUUUUCUACAAUGUUCCAUGUGAAUUUAUGAGCUGCGAUUCAAGAAACAGUCACUUAGUAGUGCAGAAAGCCCCCUCUCCUCCCUCAAUAUUUUUCAGUUUUACCGCAGCUGCCAAAUUUUUAGGAAGUUUUGAAAUUUUAAUUGGAAGUGCUUGGUUGUUAUUCAUUUUUCAAUGCUCUUUCAGCUCAUUUGCACGUAUUUUUUCAAAAAUCUAUGGAGGUUCUCUGUAAGAGAAGGAUUUAUCAUCAUGAAAAAAUAUUUUCUGGAAAACAAAAUGAGGGUUUCAGAAUUAUUUGUGGCAAAAUAAAAUUUGCACAAAUAACCUGUCUUCUCUGUUGCACCUCUAAUUUUAUUUGAUUUUAAAUGAAGCAGCUGCAUCAUAAUAAAAAUACAUUCAUGGGGAAAUGUUUGUUAACUUUAUCAACUCGAUAAUCGUGUUCUGCUUUUCAUUUAAAUCUAAUUUUAAUUUAUCCUACAACCUACAUAUCCCUUAAACAACCAAAAAUCUUUGAUAUGCAAAUUACUUUCUCGCGAAUACUGUUUACCAAGCUGCAAAAGAUUCAACCUUAUUGAAUGUAAGCCUCCCUGCCUAUGGAUUGGCUUGUUAAUAAUUUUGAAGUGAAUCACUACCAUUUUUAAUUUUAAGUGUCUAAUAAUGUUCUACCCGAAGAAUGCUCAGUUCUUCAAAAAGUCCUUUUCUAUAAAAA